CUGAUGUUAUUUCAGUGAGGCAGCAAGGCAAAGGGGGUGGGGUUAAAGGGACCUCGAGGGAAAGUGAAAAGUUUUCAAAGGAGGCUGAAACACUUCGGAGAGCAGUGAGGAUGAGGAUUUUCUUCGAGUGGCACGUAUCGGAUUGCUGGACUUCAUUAAAGAGCACCCUAGGAUUACAUCUGUUCACAUAAAAGUGUCACUGGGUACCAUGGCAACGACAGCUCUGACCGGGUUCUCCAUGAUGAGCCUGCUCAGCCUCGGAUACCUGAGCUGGGACAUGAUGAGUCCUAACCAGGUGGAGAACGAGCCGGAUCAGACGUUUGUUGACACGUUUCCGGUCCCGCAGCCUCCUCACAUCAUUUUCAUCAUGACAGACGAUCAGGGGUUCAACGACAUCGGCUACCACAGCUCUGACAUCAGGACCCCGGCGCUGGAUAAACUGGCUGCGGACGGAGUGAAGCUGGAGAACUACUACAUCCAGCCCAUCUGCACCCCGUCCCGCAGCCAGCUCAUCACCGGCAGGUACCAAAUUCACACUGGCCUGCAGCACUCUAUCAUCCGGCCCCGCCAGCCCAGCUGCCUGCCCUUUGACCAGGUCACCCUCCCCCAGAGGCUGCAAGAGCUCGGUUACUCCACCCACAUGGUCGGCAAGUGGCACCUGGGCUUCUACAAGAAGGAGUGCCUGCCCACUCGCCGUGGCUUCGACACGUACUUUGGCUCCUUAACGGGCAGCGUGAACUACUACACCUACGACUCCUGCGACGGCCCCGGGCGGUGCGGCUUCGACCUCCAUGAGGGGGAGUCGGUCGCCUGGGGUCAGAGGGGCAAAUACUCCACACAUCUCUACACGCAGAGAGUCCGCAAGAUCCUGGCGACCCACGAUCCCAAGUCCCAGCCGCUGUUCAUCUUCCUCUCCUACCAAGCUGUUCACACACCUCUGCAGUCCCCGCGCGAGUACAUCUACCCGUACCGCGGGCUGGAAAAUGUGGCGCGCAGGAAAUAUGCUGCUAUGGUCUCAGCUGUAGACGAGGCAGUACGUAAUAUAACAUACGCUCUCCGCAAGUAUGAUUACUACCAGAACAGUGUCAUCAUCUUCUCUACUGACAACGGUGGCCAGCCUUUGUCUGGCGGCAGUAACUGGCCGCUCAGAGGACGCAAAGGCACCUACUGGGAAGGCGGCGUCCGGGGUCUGGGGUUCGUCCACAGCCCCCUGUUGAGGAAGAAGAGGAGGGUGAGUAAAGCCCUGGUGCACAUCACUGACUGGUACCCAACACUUGUGGGGUUAGCAGGUGGCAAUGAGUCCCUGACGGAGGGGGUGGAUGGGUUUGAUGUUUGGGAAGCCAUCAGUGAGGGGAAGGAGUCACCCAGGUUGGAGAUCCUCCACAAUAUCGACCCUCUGUACAACCAUGCACGCAGUGGCUCCCUGCAGAAUGGAUAUGGGAUUUGGAAUACAGCUGUUCAGGCCUCUAUACGAGCCGGAGACUGGAAACUCCUAACAGGAGACCCCGGCUACGGAGACUGGACACCGCCACAGAUGCUCCCAGGUUUCCCUGGCAGCUGGUGGAACCUGGAGCGCCACACCGAACCCCGGAAAUCUGUGUGGCUUUUCAACAUCUCCGGAGACCCUUACGAACGUUUUGACGUUUCUGAGCAGAGACCGGAUGUUGUCAAAGAGCUGCUGGCCAGAUUGGUGUACUACAAUCGCACCGCGGUGCCAGUGAGGUACCCAUCGGAGGACUUACGGGCCGACCCCCACCUCAACGGGGGUGCCUGGGUGCCCUGGGUAGGAGACGAGGAGGAGGACAGCUGGGACACCGUCUACCAGAAGAAGAAGAAGAAGGACUGGAAGAAGAAGCUUAAACUGUCCAAAAGCAGGUCGUUUUUCAGGAGACUCAACACUAGAAUCAUGUCCAACAGGAUAUAAAAAGGACAUUCGGAGGCACUCCUGAAGGAAAAGGUUAUAUGAAGGACAUUUCUGUUUGUUGAUGAAACUCUUUGAAUUUGCUCUUUUGUUGAACUGCAAAAUCCAGCUGCGGUUACCGCGUUGUAACUGCAUGUGUAUGUUUAGUCUCUCUUGAGGAAGUAGUGACUGGUUUGUAUCUGUUUAGAAUAUAAAUGUGUGUGCCCCUAAAAUCACUAAAAAACGUUAGUGAAAAUGAUGAUUUCAUCCUACAAGUAUGUAAGCAAAUGUGUGUGAGAGGGAGACAUACAAGAUAUAGGGUUAUUUUAUAAUGUAAUGAUUAGGGAUGCACCGAUACCACUUUUUUUCAGACCGAGUACAAGUACUUACAUUUGGGUAUUCGCUGAUACCGAGUACCGAUACGAGUACUUCUCUGUGCCAAAAGACCC